CAACAGCCAUAAAGGAGGCUCCACACACAGCCAUCUGGAUGGAAUUAGACAGCUGAAACAGCGACAAAGAGCCUUUUGGCCACUUCUCUGUGCCCUGUGAAGUCUGGAUGCUUUGGGAACCUACAGAAAGCCUUAUCUCCAUGGCCCUCAGGAGAGAGAGAUAGAAAACAAACUAUCUGACUGAUUAUUAGAGCCAAUGCUGGAAAUCCUUUUUUUUCUGACUGCGAUUGACGCUGCCAAAGCUGAUGAAUUUUUGUAACUUUUUAAAACUUUCAAAAGAAGAAUGAAAUUGUCAGACAUUUGUGGGGAACAAUAUUUAUCAUUUUGACAUAGUCUACUUUUUAUUUAUAAGCGUUUAUAUGAAUCAUGCCAAAGUUGACUGACAUGAUGUCUGUGUUUGUGCGCCAAAGAUGCAUGUGGUGCAUUGUUAAGGACUGCAGAUAUACGACAAACUAAAGACAAGCAGUCGUGAGUCAUUUUUGAGCCCUCAACUAAGCAAAUCUAGAGGAGCGUGAACCACUCUCUUUCAUUAAUGAGGAAUAUUUCGGGCGGAUUUAUGAGACUUGCGACUCCACAAGUGUCCUUUCAAAGUUUGUCAAGACUUUUUCUAAACCCUGUGGAACAUUAUCAGAGGUGACCGCAUCCUUUGUCAAGGAGGACCCAGAGGACUACGGCUGCUCCAAGAUGAGGUGUCAAAGAGUUCUUACCUUUCUGCGGAUAUUUGGGACCACCAUGUUUGGUGUGUCCCUCCUGGUAGGCAUCUCCACGGCCUACAUCAUGGGCUACCAGUUCAUCACCACAGCCCACAAUUACCUAUCCUUUGGCCUGUAUGGAGCCAUACUAGUUGUGCACCUCAUUAUCCAGAGCCUCUUUGCACUCCUAGAACACAGAAACAUGCGGCGCUCCUUAGAGACACCGAUCAAACUCAAUAAGUCAUUGGCAUUAUGCAUCGCAGCAUAUCAAGAGGACCCAAACUACCUGAGGAAAUGCCUGGUGUCAGUGAAGAGGCUGACAUACCCAGGGAUCAAAGUGAUCAUGGUGAUUGAUGGGAACUCAGAUGAUGACUUGUACAUGAUGGAGAUUUUUAAAGAGGUGAUGGGAUGGGACAAAUCGGCCACCUACGUGUGGCGGAGUAAUUAUCAUAACAGAGGAUCUGAGGAGACAGAUGAGAGCUACGCUGAGAGCCUUCAGCAGGUUUCCAGGCUGGUGCUGAACAACAAGUGUGUGUGCAUCAUGCAGAAGUGGGGAGGAAAGAGAGAGGUCAUGUAUACAGCUUUCAAAGCACUCGGGAGGAGUGUGGACUACGUUCAGGUGUGUGACUCUGACACCAUGCUGGACCCAGCAUCAUCGGUGGAGAUGGUGAAGGUUUUAGAAGAAGACCCUAUGGUGGGAGGUGUUGGAGGAGAUGUUCAGAUUCUAAACAAGUACGAGUCGUGGAUCUCCUUUCUGAGCAGUGUACGAUACUGGAUGGCUUUCAACAUUGAACGAGCUUGCCAGUCCUACUUCGGCUGUGUGCAGUGCAUUAGCGGACCUCUAGGAAUGUACCGAAACUCCCUCCUGCAUGAGUUCCUGGAAGACUGGUACAAUCAGACUUUCAUGGGAUCUCACUGCAGUUUCGGGGAUGACCGUCAUCUGACAAACAGAGUUCUCAGCCUUGGCUAUGCAACCAAAUACACAGCACGAUCAAAGUGCCUCACAGAGACACCCAUUACAUACUUGAGGUGGCUUAAUCAACAGACUCGAUGGAGCAAGUCAUAUUUCAGAGAAUGGCUAUAUAACUCUAUGUGGUUCCACAAGCACCAUCUAUGGAUGACUUAUGAGGCAGUAAUCACAGGCUUCUUCCCAUUUUUCCUUGUUGCCACUGUGAUCCAGCUCUUUUUCCAAGGAAGGCUCUGGAAUAUUCUGUUGUUUUUACUCAUUGUGCAGGCAGUGGCACUGAUCAAGUCAUCAUUUGCCAGCUGCCUCAGAGGUAACAUUGUAAUGGUGUUCAUGUCAUUCUACUCUGUACUGUACAUGUCAAGCCUGUUGCCAGCCAAAAUGUUUGCAAUAGCAACAAUCAACAAAUCUGGAUGGGGGACCUCUGGGAGGAAAACAGUAGUUGUGAACUUCAUUGGUUUGAUUCCUAUAUCAGUUUGGUUCACCAUCCUCUUCACUGGGAUUAUAUACACAACAAUCCAGCAGACGAGAAAACCCUUUCCUGAAUCAGAAAAGAUUGUUCUGAUCAUAGGAGCUGUUGUCUAUGCCAGUUACUGGGUCAUACUGUUGACAUUGUAUGCAGUGCUUAUAAAUAAGUGUGGCAAGAGGAAGAAGGAAACACAUUAUGACAUGGUGCUGGAUGUAUGACUUACAGACUAUAGUCAUCAUUUACCACUGAACUCACUUUUUGGGUUGUUUUCAUGGACACUGUGUUAUGCAAAGGUUUUUCAGAUGCAGAGCAGCUCUGGAGGCAAAAUUGACUGAGUUCAACUAAAAUAGGUGAAAACCAGAGUUAUGGGUGGACAGAAACACUUGAAUGGAAGCAACUGUGUGUUUUGUUCACUCAUGACCACAGCAUUCUCAGAACAUCAGCAUGCUAACUUACCUAAAUGACGCCUUGUUUGGUUAGGUGAAAAUCAGCUAGCGUAAGCUAACUAGCUAACCUACAUAACUCAGCAUGGCAAGAUUGCAUAUUCUGCAGUUGGCAGCAAGAGUACUAAUAGGCUUUUUAAUAUUAGCUACCUCUUACUGUGGUCAGUUUCACUGGGUUUCAGUAUAACAUUAUCAAUUUAGCAAAAGAAACUGGAUUUUCCAAUGCCCCCCAUUGUGGUUUAACUUGACCAGCGAGAAUAUUUUACCUCCAGGGCAUCAUUGUGUCUCCAAAAUAUGUUUCUACACCCUAAUGAGAAACCAGUGUAUACUGUAUUUUCCCCCACCAAAGGGGAAGCCAAAAGACUGCCAGUCUAUCUCAACGGUCAUAUGACUACACAGCAUCAAGGAUUACAUACAUAACUGUAAAAGGUGCUGAUAGAGAGUAUUGGCAUCACUUCGGCUAAAUGUAAUCAAUAAAGGAUGGUCUGUGUGGAUUUGACUAAUAGGAGAGGUUGGCCUUUACUAUUAAAAAGAAACACAAAAAUGACAAGAAGUUAUACCACAUCUAUUCAGUGAUAUAAUGCCAUAUGUUCUGGCAUCAUUGCAUUGGUUUACUUUUGCAAUGUUUUAAAAACUCUUUUUAGAAGAGCUGCAUUAUCACUUCUCAAUAAGUUAAUGGCUGCAAAAGGGCUAUAAAAUGAAGAGCUGCUCUCUUCCUUUUGUUGCAUUCAAGACAUAUGGGAAAGACAAAUGUUCUUGUCUUCACACAUUAUAUAUGCUUUUAUAAUGUAUCUGAUUCAAUUAAAAACAUUUUAUUCAUUUAAAAAUCAGUCAGUUCAGUACACAAUUGCAACAAGGUUUUCGUGCAGUUAUUUGUUGUUAUAAGUUGUGUUUGUGGGGGACAUUACAGUACUUGAUUUGCUGUUUAAAAUAAAUCAAAAUGCAUCACUCACUCUGGUGCACGUAUCUUGAAUGUGAAAUAAUUGAAUGAUCCUUACAAAAAAGGCUACAAACCUAUUGUGUUUGAAUCUGUGGGUACUGUCAAGUAUUUUGUCCUUGGACAAUCAUUUUUUAUUCCCAUAUGACCUGAAUCCAGUACUUUUUUUCAGUGUUUACAAAAUGAUGAAUCACAAGCUGAUUGGUAGAUGUAGAAUUUUCACCAGAUGAGGUGACCAGGUGAACAUGUGACCAGAAGAGAGGUGGUGUAUCAUUGCUGCUGUGACUGCUUUCUUUUUACUUUAGUUGUUUUUCUUUUGUUAAAAAAAAUGAGUGAAGGGUUUAUGUUGCAAAAAUAAACACUAUUAUUGUUUUUCUUUCAACCGAAAUGAAUGAUAACCACCAAGCAGACACAGUGGACAUGUUACAAUCCAAAGAUUUUGAGAUUUUUGCUUUCCACAUGCCCUUGCCCUAUUCCUUCCUCCACAUACAGUACUGUAUUGAGGAUACCCGCUGCUUCCUUGCAUUGCAUUUGAAAACCUGCAAGGGAAGAAGUAAAUGUGAGAAGAGCAUGUACCUACAGUAAGUCCUGUCUGAUAACAGGAAUCUGAACAGGGGCACUUGAAGGAAGGGAACAGCAUUUUGGAAUGAAACAAGUCCUGUGUUUGCUACAGAGACAUGAGUUUAACUAUUAUGCACUUUCAUGUCUCUCCAGUCGUCCAGUGUGAUGCUUGACAUGAUCAAAAUAAAAUACCUCAGUGGUUCUCUUUACAUUGCAUGAAGGCAUCAGGAUGCCAUAAAUACGGAUGCAUUCUGAAGGUCUUGAGAAAUUUAUGAUCAGUUUGUGAUAUUAAAUAUAAAAGUGUGGUUUUUAUACAGUUCCUUAAUAAGUCAAAGCUGGAUUUCUCUGCCUUG